CCCGCCGCAACUUCUCGCUGCGCGGGUGCGGACCGCGCAUCUCUCACGUGCGCAUCCCUGUCCCCUCCGCGCAGACCCUCGGGACGGAGCCGCGGCUUGCUGCGCGCCGCGGAGCCGGGGGCUGCCGCCGCUGCCCGACUGCUGAGAACAUUUUUUCUGAGUGACUCCAGCUUCCAGACACGUUUGCCAUGAUAAGGGUUUCGAUCCUUUCCCACAUUUGCCCUGAGUCAUGAGUGGAUAUGUGUGAUGUCUGCAAGUAAAACUGGGUAAGAAGAGUGACCUUUUUGGGUGGCUGUAACUGAAGAUUGCUUCACAGGAGCAACUGAAGAAGGUUUUUGAGUCAUGAUGCAAGAAUCUGGGACUGAGACAAAAAGUAACGGUUCAGCCAUUCAGAAUGGAGCGAGCGGUGGCAACCAUUUACUAGAGUGCAGCCUGCGGGAAGUGAGAUCAAACGGCGAGACACCUUCAGUUGAAAUUGGGGCUGCAGAUUUAGCACAUCUUCAGCAGCAGCAGGCUCUCCAGGUGGCACGGCAGCUUCUACUGCAGCAGCAGCAGCAACAGCAGCAGCAGCAGCAGCAGCAGCAGCAGCAGCAAGUUAGUGGAUUAAAGUCUCCGAAGAGGAAUGACAAACAGCCAGCCCUUCAGGUUCCAGUGUCGGUGGCUAUGAUGACACCUCAAGUGAUCACUCCCCAGCAAAUGCAGCAGAUCCUCCAGCAACAAGUGCUAACUCCCCAGCAACUCCAAGUCCUGCUCCAACAGCAGCAGGCACUCAUGCUUCAACAGCAGCAGCUUCAAGAGUUUUAUAAGAAACAACAGGAACAGUUGCAGCUUCAACUUUUACAGCAACAACAUGCUGGAAAACAGCCUAAAGAGCCCCAGCAGCAGCAGGUGGCUACACAGCAGUUGGCCUUUCAGCAGCAACUCUUACAGAUGCAGCAGUUGCAACAGCAGCACCUCCUGUCUCUGCAGCGUCAGGGGCUGCUGACGAUCCAGCCUGGCCAGCCUACUCUGCCUUUGCAACCCCUUGCACAAGGCAUGAUUCCAACAGAACUGCAGCAGCUCUGGAAGGAAGUGACAAGCUCACACACAGCGGAGGAGGCAGCCAGCAACAACCACAGCAGCCUGGACCUGUCCACCACCUGCGUCUCCUCCUCUGCGCCGUCUAAGACCUCCUUAAUCAUCAACCCACACGCCUCAACUAAUGGACAGCUAUCAGUCCACACUCCUAAACGGGAGAGUUUAUCCCAUGAGGAGCACUCGCACAGCCAUCCGCUGUAUGGACACGGCGUAUGCAAGUGGCCGGGCUGUGAAGCAGUAUGUGAAGACUUCCAAUCGUUUCUAAAACAUCUCAACAGUGAGCAUGCGCUGGAUGAUAGAAGUACAGCCCAAUGUAGAGUACAAAUGCAGGUUGUACAGCAGUUAGAGCUACAGCUUGCAAAAGAUAAAGAGCGCCUGCAAGCCAUGAUGACACACCUGCAUGUGAAGUCAACUGAACCAAAAGCAACCCCUCAGCCUCUGAAUCUGGUAUCGAGCGUCACGCUUUCCAAGACUGCAUCCGAGGCGUCUCCGCAGAGCUUACCUCAUACUCCCACCACCCCGACUGCGCCCAUCACUCCUGUCACGCAGGGACCGUCGGUCAUCACUACCACGAGCAUGCACAACGUCGGACCCAUCCGGAGGCGGUACUCGGAUAAAUACAACGUCCCCAUUUCGUCAGCAGAUAUUGCCCAGAACCAAGAAUUUUAUAAGAAUGCCGAAGUUAGACCACCAUUCACGUACGCAUCUUUAAUUAGACAGGCCAUCCUCGAAUCGCCAGAAAAACAGCUAACACUAAAUGAAAUCUACAACUGGUUCACGCGAAUGUUUGCUUACUUCAGACGCAACGCAGCGACGUGGAAGAAUGCAGUGCGUCAUAAUCUUAGUCUUCACAAGUGUUUUGUGCGAGUAGAAAACGUUAAAGGGGCAGUAUGGACAGUGGAUGAACUAGAGUUCCAAAAACGAAGGCCACAAAAGAUCAGUGGUAACCCUUCUCUUAUUAAAAACAUACAGACCAGCCACACCUACUGCACACCUCUCAAUGCUGCUUUACAGGCUUCAAUGGCUGAGAACAGUAUACCUCUAUACACUACUGCUUCCAUGGGAAAUCCCACUCUGGGCAAUUUAGCCACCGCGAUGAGGGAAGAGCUUAAUGGUGCAAUGGAGCAUACGAACAGUAACGGGAGUGACAGUAGUCCAGGACGUUCCCCUAUGCAAGCAAUGCACCCUGUGCAUGUCAAAGAAGAACCAUUAGAUCCAGAUGAAAAUGAAGGCCCGCUAUCCUUAGUGACAACAGCCAACCACAGUCCAGAUUUUGAUCAUGACAGAGAUUAUGAAGAUGAACCUGUAAAUGAGGACAUAGAAUGAGUAUGUCUGACAUCGUUAUCCUGAGAAUGAAGAUUGGAGGAACACGUCAAACUUAGCUGUGAAAUCUCUCCAUUAUUGUACAGUCUGGAGGAUUCUCAGUCCACUUUGACAACUAUGAAAUAUGUUAACUCUUAGUGCCAUCAAGUAUCCCAUUUGGGAGUAUUUUUGAUUUUUCUACUUUUUGUUGAAAAAAGGAAUUUGUACUCUGUGCAUUGGAUGGACUUGUUUGGUACUUGGGAUUUUCCUCUCUUACAGUCAACAUCAGUGUUGUAAAUUUGCUAAACUGAUUCACUUGCAUUUAGCAGCCAGCUGUGGACUGCAGGUCCUGCCAAUUUUGGACACUUGAGGACAUGAAACUGAGCAUGUACACCUGAACUGCAGAUCAAGUCUUUGCCCAGAUUUUAAGGAUUCCAAUGGACAACAUAUUUGCACAGUACUGCAUGUUGAUUAUCACUGCCUUUACUCCAUUAUUUUUUCUGUUGGUUUGUUGGGGUUUUUUUGGUUGGUUUCCUUUUUUUU